AUGGAGUUGUUUAAAGUUAUAUUACCCAGUAUUCUGUUCUUCGGUUUAUGGACAACUUUAGUUAGUUCGGGAUCAGCACCAUGUAUCAUGAGUACAGAUUUUCUCGAAGAGGAACUAGAUAAGGAUAAAUUCCAAGGAAAAUGGUAUAUGACGUCUUGGUACUAUCAUGGUACCGGCAAGUCGGAUGCACCACUACUAGAAAAUGUUCAGUCGCUUUAUCAACUCACAGAUGAUGGCAAUUGGAACAUUACCUAUGGUGCGGGUAUAAUGGAAAACAUGUGUUUUAAAAACCCAGUUGAAGCCAUGAUUGACAAGUCGUCCACAAGAAUGAUGUGGAUCUUUAACUUUCACUUACACGAGAUCGUAUCAACCGACUACCAAACAUACGCCGUUAUUUAUCAAUGUCUAGAUGGUAUGACGUACUGUGUUCACGACAGUACUCAGAUAGCCAUACUAAGUCGUAAGCCACAACCGUCAGCAGAAACACAAGACGUUGUAAGGAAAGCUGUAAGGAAUAGCUGUGUGGAUCCGGACUUGUUGAUAGAAGUGAGUCAGACUAAGAACUGUUUAUGUGAUGAUGGAAAUCAACACAAACCAUUACAACCUCGUCACGUUAUGAUACAGACUAGUCAACAACUAAAAAGAACUUACAUGCGACAAGAUGUAAGACGAUCUGUUCAAGUGUUUUGUGUCCGGAAGAAAAUGACUCUAUUUCAGUUAAAGAAAUGA